CAUCUGGUCUUUGACAUGUCCUUCCCUAAGGCCCCGCUUAAACGCUUCAAUGACCCUUCGGGCUGUGCACCAUCUCCAGGAGCUUAUGAUGUCAAAACUUCAGAAAUGCCAAAAGGACCUGUAUCUUUUGAGAAAUCACAACGAUUUAGACGGCGUCAGGCUUCUAUGGAAAAUCAACAAGGUCUUAAUAAUGACAAUGAUAGGUCUACAUCCACAACUGUGAAAAAUCCGAAGCCUUUGAGAUUAAAGACAGAAUCUCAAAGGGAUAAUAAAGAACUGAAAAAACUCAAGAUGCAGGAGAAAGAGAUACGUGCCUUAGUACAAGAACGUGGAAUACAGGAUAAACAUCUUCAAGAUUUGGAAGCAGAGUUUGAGAAGGUGGAAGCAAAGCUAAACAUAGCAGUCAGAGAGAAAACAUCUCUCUUAGCAAAUAUUGCAUCUUUGGAAAAGCAGCUUAUUGAAUUGACUAGAGCUAACGAACUACUAAAAACAAAGUUUUCUGAAGAUGAUAACCAGAAGAAAAUGAGUCAUUUAAGCUUAGAGUUAAUGAAACUGAAGAAUAAGAUUGAAGCAAAGAAGAAGAAUGUUGUUCAGAAGCAAGAAGGGAUGGAAAUCAAGCCACAGAUAGCGCAAAAGAACCUUCAUGAUUCUCAAGGAAAUUUGGCACAACUUGAGGAAAAACUUGUCACUACAGAAAAAGAAACUAUUGAAGAAAAAUUAGAAAUUGAAAAUCUCUUGGAAUAUAUUACAGAAGUCAGCUCUACAUCAGAUCAAGUGGAGAAAUAUAAGUUGGAGAUUGUCCAGUUGGAAGAGACUUUGAAUCAGAAGAAUCAAGAGAUUUUGAUCCUUAAGCAGUCUCUGGAUGAAAAUGUGGAUGUGUUAUCUAAAAAAGUUAAAGACUUGAACACUAGAUGUCAGAUUCUUGAAAAGCAAAAAGGGGAACUUGUGAGUCAAGACAAAGAACGGGAACAAAAUCUCAAUGCUGAGAUACUAAGCUUGAAAGAAAGAUUAACUCUAGAAAAACAAGAAAAUGAAAAGCUGGAACAAAGGCAGAAAGAAACUGAUUUACGUCUGCAACAAGAGCAGGAAUUAUCUUCUAGUCUUAAUCAGAAGCUUUGUCUUUUUCAAGAAGAGUUAAUUAAUGAGAAAAAUCUUUUUCAAGAAGAAUUAAAAGAAGCAUUGAGUGAACUAGAUAAAUUGCAACAAAAGGAUGAGCAGGCUAAAAGGCUGGUGAAGCAGCUGGAGCAAGAGAAUAUAUCCAGAGCUAGAGAGCUCCAACUCUUAGAAGAAAAGCUUAAAGGGAAACAAGAUGAAAUUGAGAAAAGCAAUGAAGUACACAAUCAGGCUUCUCUGCACUGGAAGGAAAAGUACAUCGAUACAUUGAAAAGUCUUGAAGAUGUUAUUGCUGAAUUUGAAAGCCAUAAAGGAUCAGUGACUGAAGAAAUGGCAAAUCUUAACUAUGAGAAUUCAUUACUGCAGAAAAAGGCUUCUGAUGCAGAAAAAACAGUUGAGCUUGUUCAGCAGCAAAUGUUGGAGGUUCAGCAUGCUAAAAAUAAAAAGGAUGAAGAAUAUGCAAGGAUGCUUCUAGACAUGCAGAGUAAAUUGGCACUUAAAGAAGAAGAAAUAAAAGAAAAAACAGCUUCUUCUCUAGAACAGAUAUCUGAUUUACAGAACAAACUCAAGCAACAAAGUGAAGACUUUAAGAAACAACUUGAGAUGGAAGAAACAAGCAAAACUGGAGAAAUAAAUAUGGAAUUAACACAAGAAGUGGAAAAAUGGCAUCUUCUUUAUGAAGAACUUUAUAACAAAACAAAGCCUUUUCAGGAACAAUUGGAUGCAUUUGAAGCAGAAAAGAGAGCUUUAUUGACUGAACAUGGUACAACACAGGAAGAACUGAAUAAACUAAGUGAAUCGUAUGCUAAAUUAUUGGGACAUCAGAAUCAAAAGCAAAAAAUUAGACAUGUCAUGAAAUUAAAGGAAGAGAAUAACCAGCUCAAAUUGGAGGUUUCUAAACUUCGUUCUCAGUUGGCUAAGGAAAAACAAGCUGGGAAAAGGCUUCAGGAACAAGUGGAUGAAGCAAAAGGUUUCAAGCGGUUUGAUCCUUCUAAAGCUUUCCAGCAUGAGAGUAAAGAAAACUUUACUCCCAAAGUACCUUUGAAAGAAGGUAACAGAAAAUGCUACUGAGAUCCUAUGGAGUUUCUAGAAUCAUGAGAGAAGACAUCACAGAUAAUCUAUAUGGACUAUAGUUUUUUGGUUUUUGGAACACUCUCAAAUUUCUGAGAUUUUAAUAAUGCUAAUAAUUUAAUAAUUCAUCUUUCUUUGGCUAUAUGAAAAGUGUACAGUUUUCCAUCAACCUCAACUCCUCAUAUCAAGAGAUAAUGUCCCAUUUUAGUUUUCUUAAACCUUUCCAUUUCCCUUUCUAUUUAUACUAUCAGUACUGUAGUAUAGUAGCAGAUUU